AUGCCAAAGAUCGUAUUAGCCCUCAUCACCAUUGUUCUAGUUAUCAACGUCAUGAUACUUCUAUCUGGCCCCCUCCGUCUCAAGUCGUCGCGACUAUAUUCAUCGGAGCCUUCUUUGAAAACACUCAUACGUGGAAGGAGAGCUUUCGAUAGCUAUAACUUUGGCAGACUGGAGAGAGGCGAUGAUGGAUGGUACACCCAGUUUCUACUUUGA